AUGAAUAAUUAGCCUGAUUUAUUUGAAUUGAUUAUUUUCAACGAAAGAAAAAACAUUUUAUUUCAUUAUGAUUUAGUGAAUGAUAAAGAAUCUGAUGAAAUGAAAAUCUAAAUUUUAGAAAAAUUGCCUAGAAUAUAAAAUCUAUGUGGUCUUGUUGCUGCGCUCAAGGAAUUAAAUAAAAAAUUCUCGCCUUUUGCUACUUAGAAUGUUAAGUUUUUUAAAAGUUCUUUCUAUAAAUUCUCUCUUUAUGACUCUCCAGGAGGUAUAAAAAUUAUAUUGCUUUCAUCAAACAAUGAUUUUGAUUAUUCAGAUAUUUUAGAAGAAAUAUUCUUAUCGGCUUAUAUAGACUUGGUUCAAAGAAAUCCUUUAUAUUAAGCAAACACAAUUAUAAAAAAUACAGCUUUUACAAGCAAAAUAAAAUCUAUUUUCUAAAACUAGUAAUCUGUUUAAUAUAAAUCAAAUUGA